GCCGUGAGGACCUUUGUCGUCGUGAAAACAUCGUGCAGUACUUUGGAGCGUCUGUGCACCUUGGUUUGACCAACAUGGCGACCAGGGCUGAAUCCUGUCAGAAACAAGAGGAGGGAGAGAAUGGACAUGGGGCUCAGAAUUCCCACAAGUGUGGCGAGUGCGGUAACGAGUUUCAUGACCGAGGUACUAUGAGGAGACACUUGCGGACUCACACAGGUGAAAAACUGUAUCGAUGUGAGAAAUGUGACAAAAGCUUCAGUCAGCUGUCUUAUCUGAAGACGCAUGUGAGGACUCACACAGGUGAAAAACCUUACAGUUGUGAAGAGUGCAGCAAGCAAUUCAGCGACCUUAGUCAUCUGUACAGACACAUGCGGACUCACACUGGUGAAAAACAGCACAAGUGUGAAGAGUGCGGCAGACAGUUCAGCAGGCUGGACAGUCUGAAGGAACACAUGUGGACUCACACUGGUGAGAAACCGUAUAGAUGUGAGAAAUGUGAUAAAGGCUUCAGUCGGUCAUACAGUCUGACGAUUCACAUGCGGACUCACACAGGUGAAAGACCGUAUAAGUGUGAAGAGUGCGGCAGGUGUUUUGUUGAGCUGCGUGAUCUAAAGACGCAUAUCAGAACUCACACUGGUGAGAAACCGUACAAGUGUGAGGAGUGCAGCAAGCGGUUUAGUGAGCUGGGUAGUCUGAAGACACACAUAAGAACUCACACUGACGAGAAACCGUACAUGUGUGAGGAAUGCGGCAAGCAGUUUCGUCAUCUGACAGGUCUAAAGAUACACCUGCGGAUUCACACGGGUGAGAAACCGUAUCAAUGUGAGGAAUGCAGCAGGUGGUUCGGUCAGCUGAAUCAACUGAAGUUACAUAUCAGAACCCACACCGGUGAAAAACCCUUCAAGUGUAAGGGGUGCAACAGGCAGUUUAGUGGUCCGUCUAGUCUGAACAGACACAAGCGAACUCACACUGAUGAGAAACCGUACCGAUGUGAAGAAUGCGGUAAACAGUUUAGCAGGCUGGAGAAUCUGAAGUUACACAUGAGAACUCAUACUGGUGAGAAACCGUACAGGUGUGAGGAAUGUGGUAGACAGUUCAGUAGGCCGGAUAGUCUAAAGCAGCACACGAGAACCCACACUGGUGAGAAACCGUACAUAUGUGUUGAGUGUGGGAGGUGUUUUGUUGGGCUGGGUGAUCUUAAUAGGCACCUUCGAACUCACACUGGUGAGAAACCGAUGUGAGGAGUGCAGUAGAUGGAUCAUCUGAAACAACACAGUCAUGUACAAUCAUACUGGUGAGAAAAACGUACAAAUGUGAGGAGUGUUGAAAGCAGUUGAGGGGAUGCUUAUUCUGAAGUCACGCACAUAGACUCACACAGGAUAAAAUGUAGGAAAACAGUUGGGAACUGUAGCAAAAUCUUUAGGCAAUUAUGUAAUCUGAGUGCCAAGUAGACACGCAUUCUCGAACAAGCAUUUCACUGUUCAUGUCAGGCUUAUUACUAUUAUGUGAUAUCAAUUGUGUCAGUAGCGAGGUUUGUAGAUCCCUUUUAGCAUUGAGACCUCUUAUUUACUGCUUCUGUCGUGUACUUUCUUCUUUUGUAAAAUAUCUGUUGUAAAAUUACGAAUGCAUGCUCCAUAACUCGUUGGUUAGAACUAGAAGUUGUGUGUGAAAUGCGUUUGAACAAUAGUGACAAAGGUAAACGGUAAGGGAUCGUUGUCCAUUGUCCGUCUGUUAUGUAUAUAUAUUUCUUUUUUUUAGCAUUGUAUACCUUAGACCCGAUGUUAGCCCUUCUUUAUCACUAUUGUUGUAGUACACUCUAAUACGUUUUACUCUGUACAUCAUGCAUUUAUCCCCCCGGGGAAUAAACAUGCAUAAGUUUCAUUUUCAUUUCAUUAUAUAAUAGCACUUUAUAAACUAGUUUUCUUUGAUCUACUUUUAACUAACCACAGUGUACUAGAUCUUUAGAAUGUAAAAUUCAGAGUUAGUUAGCAGCAUACAUGCUUGUUCUAAAUGCACUAGAAUGUUGAUAAAUAUUGUUUUUUUGUGUUGUGUUUUUUAAAAUCUUUUUCAUGGGGAUGUUGUCUAAUUGUUGCCUCUAUGCAAAUCAGCGCAUGCAACAUGAUAAAUUCAACAAUAAAUUCAGAUACGUUA